GUUGAUAAAAAUACUCCGAUAGUUGUCGCGUGUGUUGUGAUACAAUAACAUGUGUUUCUUGUUAUGUGUUUGUUUUAUUUUCGCCAGCUGUUUACUACAUACUCAAGACGUUAUUGCAGCUACUAUUAAUGGAAAUCCGACAGAAGCGAAUAUCGCUGGUGAUGGAAUCCUGGAGAUAACUGGAGAUGUUGGGUGUAAGGACAACUCGCUAAGAUGUGGUGAUGGAGUCAGAAAUACAACAGCUUAUGAACCCUUGGCACCGAGGCAUAAGAGAUCCAGUGCCUGCGGCUUACCACCACAACCAGACCACGGAGCGUAUACCGAAGCUCCCUACCCAGCAGCCUUCCCUCCUGGUCUGGAUAUUAAGAUUCUGGAGUACACCUGCUUCCCCCCCUACAGAUUGGUGGGGAAAUCACCCAUUUUCUGCAACAAUGGACAAUGGACAGGGACAUUUCCAACUUGCAAACUGUUCUGCAAGCUAGCUCGUUACUAUGACAUGGACUUUCGCUGCCUAGUCUCCGAGGACCCAGCAGAUGGUUACACCAAGUGUGACUACUUGAUACCUUCGGGAGCCAAGGUCCAACCGUUUUGUAAGGUCCACUACUACUCUCGGGUCCCUUUAAAUAUAAUGACCUGUGUCAACAGAACCUGGGACUAUAUGCCUGAUACUUGCAGGCCUGAAUGUGGGACAGUAAUACCGAAAGGCACACCUCUCAUGUCUGGUGGUAGACCUGCGAAGCACGGUGAACUACCCUGGCAUGUCGGCGUAUAUUACAAGAAGAAUAAGCCGUAUGAACAGAUCUGUGGAGGGUCCAUCAUCAGUAGAAAGGUUGUUCUAUCUGCUGCGCACUGCUUCUGGAAGCUAGAAGCUAUGGAGCCGCCCUGCAGGUAUGCGGUCCAAGCAGGGAAGCUGUUCAGGGAUUGGAAUGAUGAGCAAGAUGAGGAGGUUCAGCAAAGAGAUGUAAUAGACAUAAAAAUCCCGCCGCAUUACCGCGGAGUACAGACAAACUUUCAGUAUGACUUGGCAAUAGUUAUACUAGAAAAAAGUUUGUUUUUCAAAAUGCUGGUUCAACCUGUAUGCCUGGAUUUCGGACCUGAAAUGGAUAAAAGACAUUUGAAGCCUGGGAGUAUGGGAAAGGUAGCUGGUUGGGGGUAUACUUCAGAAGCUGGUGAACCCUCACCUUACCUGAAGGUAGCUGACCUUCCGAGCGUGGGCAUACAGCAGUGCCUGAACGAGACUUCGUUUGCUUUCAAAGUUUACAUCACUGUCGACAAGAUUUGUGCAGGAUAUACCAAUGGUACAGCAACAGUCUGCAAAGGCGACAGCGGCGGAGGCUUAUCGUUUCCUGAACAAGAAAAUGGAGUCACGAAAUACUACCUCCGAGGAAUCGUAUCCACGGCCCCCGCGGACGGACUGACAUGCAACACUAUUACUCUAACGACAUUCACUCAUGUCGCCAGUCAUAAUAAUUUUAUUAAAAGCUAUUUUGAAAAUUCCGACCGGUUAGGUUUCCGACAUUUGAACGCUAAAAUGAUUGCGUUUUAUAAUGAUACUAGUGUUUGUUUUGAUUAGGUCUUAUUAUAUAGGGUGACUGGUAAUUAGUGAACGAUAUUUAAACACGUGAUUGUACUCAUGAUUACAAACAACUUUCCCGAAGAAACUUUUUUGUAUACUCAUUAGUUUUAUUUUUAUCACAAUAACAGAACAACAAAAUUUCAUUAACACGCGCGCGUAAUGUUCCAAAAUACCUACCUAGUUACUAAUCUUCCUAUAACGUGGGCGCCUUAAAAAUAUUAAUUAAUCAGAUUUUUUUAAUUUACCUAUCACAGGCAAGAAUACAAAAUUAUAUAUGAUAAGCUUAAAAAUUACUAAACGAAUAGGGUAGAUGACUAAUUUUUAUUUCAAUGUCCGUCUUGUAGAUUAUUUUAAAACAUUACACACGUAUUUUUUUAUUUUCUUACAGAAACUAAUACUUUCGAAGAUAUAUCGAUUUGAAAUAUCGCGUGACGGUAUUCAUCACUUCUAGGUAGAUUUUAUAUUCCGGAGCUGCGGACUACCUAGCGGGUUUACCGGGGCUCCGGCUCGAAAAGCAGGAGAAGGAACGG